GGUAUAUAUAAAAGAGAAAGAACUUGCGGAAGAAAUAUAACCUACCAUUAAGGACAGCUACCAUAAGAUAUGAAAUUCCUUGGCCUCAUGAUCCUCUUCAGCUUGGCAUUCAUCUGUACUGCAAACUCAUAUUGCAAUAUUUUGAGACCAUGUCCGGAGAGUGAAUGCUGUGCUGAUACCAGAAAAGGAAAAAUGUGUAGAAAGAUUGCAAGAGAAGGUCAUAGAUGCGACAACUUGCAACGAAAAUAUUGUUAUUGCGCAAAAGGUUUGAUUUGCGAACAGGGUGGCGAGGGUAACUCAAUUUGUAUAAAACUAUAGAGCAAGCAACAUCUGACAAGAGAGGCAACAUCUCAGUAAAUUUAAGAAAGGAGAUCUACAGCACUUCUCAAAAGAUAUCUUAAAAAAACAAAAAUCAAUAGAAAAUUCAAUUUUUUAAUGGCAAGUUAAGCACCAAAAUCUUUCUGCAUUACUCAAAAACACACUCGAGUUUCUAAUAAUUCGAGCUUUUGAAGAUUUAAAAACAUUGAUUUUAUCUAAAUCAUACUACAUAAUUUUUAUCGUUUAAAGCCACGAAAUAAUUUUAACCAUGCCGUUAACUACUAUUGAGCAAAGUAAUUUUUAAUGGAUUUAUUUAAAAUCGGUUUUUUCAAGAAGUAUAUUUGCAUUUUUUAUUGUAUUUCUACUAUUAAUUUAAAAAAAAAUAUAUUUUCCGGAAUUUGUUUUUAAAUUCAGUUUAAGCAAAAACGUAUAGUUUAUAUAACUAUAUGAAAUUUUUCAGCUGCUUUACUUGAAAUUAAAAUAGAUUUUACAAUAAGUAAAUAAAACAGAUGGUCGCAGGAAUUAUUUAUAUGACUUAUAAUUUUUACGGACUUUCUUGUGAUGUAUAAAGAGAUUAAUAAAAACAUAUAAAAAAAAUUGUUUUUUAUUUUAA